AUGUAUAUCUCUUUUUACAUAACGAUAGCUGCACAACGCUAUUUUAACCUGAUUAUCAAAGAUAUUGGCGCAGAAUGGAAAGACUUAGCUAGAGUCUUAGAUUUUGAUCAGACCCGAAUUAAAACUAUUACAGCUAAUAAUCUUCUCGAUGUCGAUGACCAAUGUGCGGAGAUGUUACAUGUACAACAUAAUACGAAAGGGAAAAGUUUCAACAAGUUAGAGCUAAUUAAAGCUCUCUAUAAGGCUAAUUUAGCUGCAGUUGCAGAAAAGAUAAACAUCGAUCAUGAGAUAACCCAAGAUCCUGGUAGUGGAAGUCAGAAAGCAUUAAGCACUAAUAAAGAUCAAGGUCAAGUACAUAAAAUUGUUCGUUUAAAAUAA